AUGGUUGUUCCAGCUCCAGGUACUAAUGAUGAUGUUUCUGAAGAAAGGAAAGAUGAGCCAGUCAAUUCAGACAAGUCCAUAACCGCCGGUCGAACUUACACACCACCAGUGCCAUUUCCGUCUAGAUUGGCACAGGCGAAGCUUGAGCAAAAAUAUGGAAAAUUUCUUCAAGUAUUGAGCAAGUUACAGCUCAACAUCCCCUUCUUAGAAGCCAUUAAGGAAAUGCCCUCUUAUGCUAAAUUCCUCAAGGACAUCAUUUCCAACAAACGCAAGCUAGAGGAGAGUGUGGUGGAAACUAUGAAUGGGCAAUGUAGUGCUAUUUUGGGAUGCAAGGUUCCUAAGAAACAAGCUGAUCCUAGUAGUUUUACUAUCCCGCUAAAGUUGGGGAAAGAUGUGUCUGCUGUAGCCCUUGCUGAUUUAGGGGCUAGUGUGAGUGUGAUGCCAUUAACAUUAUGCAAAAAGAUCAAUGGCGAGAUGAAAGCAACUCGGAUGUCUAUACAAUUAGCCGAUCGAUCUGUGAGAUACCCGGUUGGCAUUCUUGAGGAUUUCCCCGUCCAAGUUGGUAAUUACUUUGUACCCUGCGAUUUCGUCAUUAUGGAUAUGGAAGAGGAUGCUCGCAUUCCGGUGAUUUUGGGUCGUGAUUUUUUAAGGACUACAGCAGCCAAUUUUGAUGUGAAGAAUGGGAAGUUAUCACUUGAAAUUUUGGGAGAACAGCUGCAUUUCCAUCUCCCUUCAUCCAUGGCACAUUCUGCCAUUGGGGAGACUGUUUAUCGGGUGGAUGCGAUAGUUGAUGCUACUACAGAGAGGGAGUGCACACCCUCCAUUGUUGAUCCACUUUAUGCAGCUAUUGAAGGCAACUACGAGAAGGAUAGGGCCGAUGUGAUUGAGAUGGUCCAAGUUUUAGAUGUUGCACCUACAUUUGUUCCUACAAAAGCUAAGUUUGAGGACACCCCACCUUGGAAGGUGUCCACCAUUGAGGAACGAAAGGAGUGUACUACGCCUCCUCAGGUAGAAUUAAAACCCCUCCUUCCUUCUUUGAAGUAUGUCUUUCUAGAGGAUAAUGACACUUACCCUGUUAUUGUCAAUGCUGAACUCAACGGCACUCAAAUUGAGCGAUUGCUCACAGUUCUGAAAAAGUAUAAGAGUGUUAUUGGGUACACUAUUGAUGACAUCAAGGGUAUUAAUCCCUCAUUCUGCACUCAUGAGAUGUGGUCCCUCUAG